CGAGAGUUCAUUUGCCGCCAUCCCUCUAGUAACUAUUGAGCAUUGUCACGCAUGCGCACUUUGCAAACCAGUCAAGAGACACCGGCUCUGUGAUAGCACGGAAAGUUUUGUAGCCUGCAACCGACCAUGUACGCCUGUGCAAAGAUCGCUUCUCCCUUGUCAAGGGCAUUGGUAAGCCGACAGAAUCAGAUUGUCAGACCAAUCAGCACUGCCUUCACAAACACAAGGACACAGGAAACGACACCAUGCAGCACAGUCGCCACCAUGAAUUCGGCAGCACCAUUGUCUGUGUUGGCAUCCCAGAUCCGUAGUUUCCAGACCAGUGUAUCCAGGAGAGACAUUGAUCAGGCUGCCAAGUACAUUGGUGCUGGAGCAGCUACAGUAGGAGCAGCCGGAUCAGGUGCUGGUAUCGGCAGCGUAUUUGGCUCUUUAGUAAUAGGAUAUGCAAGAAACCCAUCCCUGAAACAACAGCUUUUCUCCUAUGCCAUUCUAGGAUUUGCUAUGAGUGAAGCUAUGGGGCUCUUCUGUCUUAUGAUGGCUUUUUUGCUGCUGUACGCCUUCUAAAUAAGGUGGUGAUUAGGACACUUUUCAAAUGUAUUCUGUUAUGAUAAAAAGAUAACCUAUUCUUUAGACCGAAAAGUUUGUGAUUGAAGAUUUUGUGUCACUGCACUAUUAUAUUCCUAGAGACUGCAGUUAAGUUUCCAAAGAAACGACUAAGGUGUGUUAGGGGAUCCCUCCAGAUGACCAGCUUGAUCGAGUUCUUUGUAACUACCUGUAGUUCUCCUGAAGUCACAGCAUCAGACAAUUAUUGUUAGGGUUUGAAAUGGAUUUUGUUUGAUAUUUACGCUGAAAUAAGACUUGCACCGGGUACUAAAUGGAAAUAUUGUCGUGAGGUCGACAUAUGUGGCCUAUAUACAAUGGCCCGUUUCAUGUGGUUUCUGAGAGGGAAAAAAAACUUGUAUAGAUAAAAUCAUAAAAUGUUUGUUUGUUGCUGACUAUAGAUAAGGUGAUUGUCGUCAGCCUAUGAGAAAACGUUGCCAAUAAAAGGUAUGUCGAGUUAA